GCACAUUCGCCAAAAAAAGAAAAUAUUAAAAUAGUUCUAGCUUGGUCAUCUAGGUGGCGAAAUUUUCUGAUACUUAUUUCCGGAGAGUGUUUGUCAAAAUUCGUUUAUUUUAUAUUAUUGUUAGCUAAUUUUUUGUUUACUGAUAUAAUAAUGACAGAUGUAGAUAGUUUACGAGAAGCUAUUGAACAAUACGAGGCUCAGCUGUCUCAAGUUCAAUUGGCACUUACCACUGCUACUGAAGGACACGAUAAAGAUAAUUUACUUAGUCUUCAAUCGGAUAUUCAAGAGCUUAUUGCGUUAACUAAAGAAAGUUUACGAAGUGCUGAAGGAAAGGACACUAGUGAUAAUGAAGAUGAUGGUUUGUCUGACAGUCAAGAUGAAGAAGACGAUCCCAUGGCUAAAGAAUAUGCAAUGUUUAAGGCUGAAUUAGAAGAAGAAGAAGAAGAGUCAAAAACUAAAGACGAGAAUGAGCAACAGGAGUCAUCAUCUAAUAGUAAUUCAAUAGAAGAUGAUCUUAAGACAUUAGAAGGUAUGAAAUGUCGUGCUCCACAUGGUAGCAGCUGGGGUGGCACUGGUUUUCACAAUGCCAUGGUUUCUUCUAUCCUUAGACAUAAUCAAGAUAAUAUUACCAGUAUUAAUGAUAUUAUGGUCAAAGUAUUAUUCAUUAACCCAAUUCAUAAAGAAAUGUUACCAUGUUCAUACUUUCUUAAUGGAUCAUGUAAAUUUUCUGAUGAUAAAUGUCAUUACUCACAUGGAGAAAUAGUCCCGUUUUCUAGUUUACAGGAAUACAGAGAGCCUGAUUACUCAACGAUAAAAAUGGGUAGCCGUGUAUUAGGUAAAGAUAAAAAUGGAAUAUGGCACAGAUCUGUUGUAAUAAAAGCACCCGAGAAAGAAGGCGAUUAUUACCGAAUAAAAUUUGAAUCUAGUGGUAACAUUUUAGAAUUAGAUAUCCAUGACCUUUUACCACUUUAUGACGAUGAAAUAUUAGCUAUGUCUGACACGUCAGACAGCGAUGAAUCCGACGUAAAUUAUAAUAAUCAACAAGAUAUUGACAAAGAUAAAAAUAAUAAAGAGGAACUAAUCAAUAAAUCACUGUUUCAAUUGAACUCAACGGAGCCGCUCGGCAAGUGGGAGCAACAUACUCGUGGAAUGGGAAGCAAAUUGAUGGCACAAAUGGGCUAUAUACUAGGUACUGGAUUAGGCAAAAAGUCUGACGGUCGGGUAGUACCAGUUGAAGCAACCGUUUUGCCUGCUGGCAAAUCUCUAGAUCACUGUAUGAAACUCCGCGAAAAUGCUGGAGGCGAUGAAAAUUUAUUUACCGUUGAGAAGAGGAUGAUGAAACAGACACGUAAGCUGGAAAAACAGCAGGAAAAGCAGUAUCAGAGAGAAAAAACCCGUGAUAAAAAUGUUUUUAAUUUUAUUAACAAUACCCUUGGUGAUAAACCAAAAGAUAAUAGCAAGCCUAGCAGUUCAAAUAGCAGAAAAAGUUUAAAAACAGAAUCAACUCGCGAUUUAAAUGUCGCGAGCUUCCGAAUCAGCGAAGAUAUCACGAAACUCGAACGUGAAUCAUCCAAACUGAUGAACUCUUUGGGGAAACAUCCCAAAGGAAGCAUUCCGUAUAACAAUCUCGUUGUACAAUAUAAUGAUAAACAAAAUAAACUGACGCAUUUACGUUCUAAACAGAAAAAUAUAACGGCUGAACAGAAUGACAGAAAGGAUAAACUAAUUAUAUUUUGA